GGUUGACCGCAAGUUCUCGGCUAAUCCUCAGAAAGCUCCGGCUGCAACGACGUCGAUGCGCUUUCAGAAGAACGACGUGUGCGGCCGUAAAGUCGUCGAACGACAUCCCGACCGCUCUUUCCCUGUGCGAGUAAUCCUCGUAGAUUGGCGCGGUGCAAUAAUUCGCCUAGUAUCGGCCUCAUGGGGGCACAGCCGGCAAGGGGCGUUAAACGACCGAUAUUUUUUUCCUGGAGAAGCGCCGGCCUCGAUUUGUAGUAUACCUUACCUGUCGCGCGUCCUAUCUUGCGUUCAUCGUGCCAGUCGCCCCUAACAUUCUGUUUAUGCACCGCCACCUUAUACGCAUUAAACGUGCCGCGCCAGUAGUAAAAUCGCAGUAAAUCGAUGCGUCUGUGCGACGAUUAAACGUUGGCGAAAUUGGAUAAGUGGAUAAGAGAAGAAUCUGGGAAACGAGAAACCGACCGAAGAAUCUCUGUCCUUCGAUUGCCAAACUAUCUUAAAGUUUUUUCAAGAUUUUCAAAUCGAGUAAUUUUAAAAAUAACUUAACUGAAAGACGUGUAACAAAAGUGGUUCGUUCGUACAUCGUUCACGACGAUAGUAAUUAACACGGCAAAUAGAACUUUUUUUCGUUCUUUCUUUCGAAGGAAAGAACACGUGAAUAAUAAAAGGAAGGAUUUCUUCUGCGAGGGAAGCUAGACGCCAACGGAACUUAAUUAAGAUCCGCCGUCGUUGAUCCUCCUACGAAAUUUUCGUCGUCCACUCUUCCGGAAGACAUGACAGAGACGAGCAAGAAGCGGAGAGACAAACACGGAAUAGCCAUGAACGCAGGAAGACCGGAAGGUGCUGCGAGAGAGAUGAGAAGAGAUGGAAAUUUUGAUGGUUUAUGGCAAAGAAGAGUUCGGAAAACUGUCAAGUCAAGCCGCAGUAACUUUUUAAAAUCGAACGACGCUAGGGUCAACGGGGAACUGUCAGAGUAGCUUUAGUUUUCACAGGCAGCCCGCGUAUUUCCGCGUAGAGGAAAGAGCACUUUCCUAUGGUGAUUCGCGACGUUUUUUAUCUUUCUGCACUUUUAUGCUGUCGCUCUUAGUCCAGAACGACAUUGAUGACGCAUUAAAAUUCAUCUGCACCUUUAUUGCCGAUCAUUUCAUAGAAAUUUUCCAGACGUUAUCUUUUCGUGGAGUCAGCCAUUAGGAAGAUGCGAUUCACACGUUAGACAAAAUCGUAUUCGAUAAUCGUUAAAACUUAUGACGGGAAUAACAGGAUAUUAGGAUUAAUAAGCUUUCACAUAAAUUACAGAUGAUGUUCCAUGGAGACAGCGUUUGUAGUCUUAAAUAAUUGACAAUUUUAUUCGAUAAAAGCAGAAUGCUGCUUUCUAUUUUGAUUAUGCAUCAUAAUUAAAUUUAUGAAAGUUGACUGUUUGGAACACUGUGCUAUCCCAACGACGCGAAAAUGCACUUUCCCCUUUAAGUGCCUAAAGGGUUUACGUGCGUGCUUUUCCUCGACUACAAAUGUCCAUACUUUUAGUUUAUCCAUUAUACAUACUGCGAUUGUGAGAAAAAAUAUAAUGUUCAUUUAAAAUUAUAAUUGUUUUGCAUUCGAAAUCAGCAUUAAUUUUUCAUUUAAUUUAAUUUAAUUUAAUU